UCACUUUGAUUUGAUUUUGCUUCUCUUACACUCCACGGUCUCUGUACUGUAAUGAAUGGAAGCUUAAAACUCACUAACGAACUAAACCACCACCCACCACUCCUAACACAAUGCCUUCUUCUCCCAAAUUAUUUCACGCGCGUGCCCCUUCCUCUUCCAAAUCCACCUUCCUCAUCUUCUUUUGCCUCAUCGUUGGCAUCGCCGGCUUUAUCUUCGGCAUCUCCGCCAUCCUCGCCGUCUCUCGCGGCUGCAGCAACUCCCCUCUGAGAUCCGUCAAAGUCCGCUGGACCACUAGUGCUAAUAACGAUGGUUUAGCUUCUGAAUCCAAGAGGCAUAAAGUCAUGGGCUUUGUUGGGAUCCAGACCGGGUUCGGGUCUACGGGUCGGAGGAGAUCUUUGAGAAAGACGUGGAUGCCGUCCGAUCGUCAAGGCCUUCAACGCUUGGAAGAAGCCACUGGUUUGGCUUUUAGGUUUGUCAUCGGUAGAACCAGUGAUGAUUCAAAGAUGUCAGCUCUCAAAAAGGAGGUUGCAGAAUAUGAUGAUUUCCUUCUAUUAGAUAUUCAGGAGGAGUACAGUAAUCUCCCAUACAAAACAUUGGCAUUCUUUAGAGCAGCAUAUGCACUCUUUGAUUCUGAUUUUUAUGUCAAAGCUGAUGAUGACAUAUAUUUGCGGCCAGAUCGCUUGUCGUUGCUCUUAGCAAAAGACCGCACUCACUCUCAGACUUAUCUGGGAUGCAUGAAAAAGGGUCCUGUUUUUACUGAUCCGAAGCUCAAAUGGUAUGAACCACUGUCAUAUUUGAUUGGGAAGGAAUACUUUCUUCAUGCAUAUGGACCUAUAUAUGCUCUUUCUGCAGAUGUUGUUGCGAAUUUGGUUGCUCUCAGGAAUGACAGUUUCCGGAUGUUCAGCAAUGAAGAUGUUACAAUUGGUUCAUGGAUGCUUUCAAUGAAUGUCAAUCAUGAAGAUAACAGGCAACUUUGUGCAGCAGACUGUACACCAACAUCUAUUGCUGUCUGGGAUAUUCCCAAAUGUUCAGGGCUCUGCAAUCCAGAAAAGAGAUUAUUGGAACUUCAUCAGCAAGACAGCUGCUCAAAAAGCCCUACUUUGCCAUCGGAUGACGAGUAGCAAAUUUUAUUUGAUGCUACCCAGUUUUCUUAUGAAGGAGAGGUGCUUACUUGAAUACCUCAUCUUCAAGGUGGUUGUGCUACUACCAGAUCCCUCCUUAGCCAUUCCUUUCCAAUUUAUGAUCUUCAGUUCCCACCACUCGGGUUGUCAUGCAACAUAUUGAUUUUCUGUGAUAAGAGUUCAACCGGCGGGAAUUCUCCUUACUAUAUUCAUUUGAGGAUUGGUUAACUUUUGUUGAGGUAUAACUUUUGUUUGUUAGAAUACAGAGAAGUGAAGAUUGGUGUUGAGGUAUAACUUUUGUUUAUUAGAAAUUUAGAAUACAGAGGAGUGAAGAUUGCUUACUUUGCAUUGUAAGGGUGUUGAGGAAUUGGAAGUUCAUCACUUUCCCCACUUUGUUGUAAAAUGCUAUAUUCUGAGAUUCUGUUUUCUUUCA